CCUAUACACAACGAAUAUUCUUGUGUACAAAAUGACAUGAUGAGGUCGCCUAGACUAGGUUGUUGAAUUUCCUGAGCCUGAGCUCCUGCCUUGGGAUGGCAGUCGUUGCCAUUUGGGGUGCCAUGACGUGACGGCCCACGAAGAUGGAAGGCGCUGUCAAGCUCAAUAUUCUCUCAACUUUUUCUCUCUCGCCUCACUCUCUCCCCACCGCGACACUCGCCAUUUACGCUGCCACGAUGGUGACGGCACGCAGCUGUCUCACGAUUCCAACCUCACUCCAACCACGGGCACAGCCUCUGCAGUUGACGACGCAACGAUGGUGACGAAGACCAGCGGCCGCAUAGCACCUGGUGAAGAUGAAUGCCGCCCAUCACUGCUGCUCGGACUGAAUGUUGAGGUCUUGCAUAAUAUUGUGGCGGAGCUACGUCUGGAUGAGGAUGCGAAGGCGCUUCACAACUCAUAUAGGACGUCCAAUGUGCAGAGGGAUGUGGCUCAGCCCGCGCAUUUCAACUUGUUUAGCAUACCGAAGCCCGACAAAUUUCUCUUAGCAAAGCACUCCAAGCACAACUCCUGUCCCCUCAAGCGCACGAUAGAGUACACCAGAGCUAUUCUUCAGCGAUACGAUGUUGCAGCAAGUGUCGAAGCCCUGGCCCAUCUUACCCGGACGAACCUUUCCUGGACACCCAAGAUAACACUCUCUUUUCCAAGGCCUAUAACGACAUCUUUCCGGGCAUUACAUUCAAGAAGCCAAUAUGAUGGGGCCGUUGGUAUCCUACAGGUGAUGAGAUUGAUCAAAACAGUCGACUUGUGUUUUCGCGAGCACUACACUUUCUGGCUAAAGGCGCACGAGGUCUUUGUUGAAAAUAUGGAGAACGCCUUGCUGAAGUUCCAAGACUUCUGUCGAGCACUCCGGCACGUAUUCUGCCAGACCCACAACAGGCCCAAAGUGCGACGGUAUGUUCUACUGCAUGAUGGGCGGGCUGGAAAGACACAAGGAGUCAUUGACUACCAUUCGAUUCCCAACCUCCCAUACACUCUGCAUAUGUUUCGUGUAUUCUGAACAGGUUGACACCUUGGUACAUACUUGCACAAAUGUUUCACAUGGCAUUCUGACACCUUUAGGUCGAGAAUGUAUUCUCGAACCGGACAUGAACCACGUUCUAAGUGCCGCCAUCUCGAGGACCUAUACCUGAGUCAUAAGCAAGUAGAAGAUCACCAGGCACCAUCAGAUUUCUUAUGACCAAUUUGAAGAUAAAAUCAGGAACCUGACUCUUUCAUUACAGUAGAAAUGCACAAUUGCGCCAUUCAUCCCGGACUACAUAGGCUAUCGUGUUC